AUGUUAUUCCAACCCCGACACCUCCGUAUCGGCGUUGACGUCGGCGGAACAAACACGGAUGGCGUGGUCCUCGAUCCCUCGCGGGCCUCUGAGCCCGAUAAGGGUAUCAUCGCGUGGCACAAGUCACCAACAACGACGAACCCUAGCGAAGGCAUCAAUAACGCUAUUGUCACAAUGUUCGAAUCCACCAAGAUCGAUCCGAGUGAGAUCGCCAGCGUGACCAUCGGCACGACACACUUCGUCAACGCUCUCAUCGAGAGGGAUGCCGCUCGCCUGGCCCCGGUUGCUGUGAUCAGGCUAACGAGCCAGUUCUCUAAGCACGAUCCGCCCUGUCUGGAUUGGCCGGAAGAUUUACGCGACCUAAUUUUGGGCUACUAUGCUCUGUGCAAGGGUGGUCUAGAAGUAGAUGGCACUCUGAUUGCGGAUAUAGACACUGAGGAAAUCAAAGCGCAAUGUGCUGUAAUUCGAGAAAGGGGCAUUAAGAAUGUAGUCGUAAACGGCAUCUUCAGCCCCAUCGACACCAUCGAACGACAAGAAGAACGAGUUGCCGACAUCAUCCGAUCAGAGAUUUCUGGCUGUACCGUAACCUGCUCCAAAGACGUGGCCAACCUAGGCUUCCAGGAGCGAGAAAACGCAGCCAUUCUCAACGCGACGGUGUUGAACUUUGCUCGCAGGACGAUCAAAUCAUUCCAGGAGCCUAUGAGCAGGCUAGGCAUCAACUGCCCAGUCUUCAUCUCUCAGAAUGACGGUACAAUCCUUUCAGGCGAGAUGGCUGCCAACCUACCCAUCCGGACAUUCUCCAGCGGCCCGACCAACAGCAUGCGAGGAGCUGCCUUCCUGGUGCAGGAUCACAAACUUAGCAAUCGUGCCGUUAUGGUAGUCGAUAUUGGAGGUACGACUACCGAUGUAGGUCUACUGCAGGCCAACGGUUUCCCACGUCAACAAGCCGCCUACAGUGAAUUCGCCGGAGUCCGCCUCAACUUCUCCUGCCCAGAUGUUAAGAGUAUCGGCCUAGGUGGAGGUUCCAUAGUCCGGAAAGGCGUCGAGAAGCUUACCGUUGGACCAGACAGUGUUGGCUAUAGGAUCAGAACAGAGGCUAUCGUCUUUGGAGGAUGCACUCUAACCGCUACGGACUGUACCGUCCUCGUCAGCUCAUCGUCGCCUGCCACCCCCAUCGGAGACGCUAGUUUGGUCCAGAGCGCCCUCGAUGCCCAAGGCGUAACCCAAUUCUCCGCCAUCGUCAAGCAAAAGCUCGAAAAGGUGAUCGAUACGAUGAAAACCUCGCCCGAAGACAUACCUGUUCUCCUAGUCGGCGGCGGCGCCCUGAUUGCGCCUUACGAGCUAAGGGGGGCUAGCGAGUUGCUAAAGCCUGAGUGGGCGGGCGUCGCCAACGCGAUCGGCGCAGCCAUUGCACGUGUCAGUGCCACCGUUGACACGGUCAAGUCGACAGAGUCCAGAUCGAUCCAAGAGAUCUUGGUUGGAGUGGAGGAAGAGGCCAGGGGAAAGGCCGUUGAUGCGGGUGCGGUUCCUUCGUCUGUUCAUAUCGUGGAUGUGGAUACGAUACCCCUGGCUUACAUUGCCAACAAGUCGCGCUUCAUUGUGCGUGCUGCCGGUGACUUCGACUUCUCUCGGACAGAUCUUUCAUCUUUACUGCAAAGCAGUGAGGAUGAACGUCAGGAUGCUGAAGUCUCGACCAACCGAGUCGUAAAGACUACCACAUUUCAGACCAAGGAAGAGAUCGAUGUCUUGACUUACAAGCCUCUUGUCAGAGAUCGAGUCUGGUACAUCAGCGAGACCGACCUAGACUGGAUCAGCAUCGGAUGCUACAUCCUCGGCACAGGCGGAGGGGGCUCUCCCUACUCCCAGCAACUCAUCCUCCGCGAGAAGCUGCGCAAAGGUGCAGUCGUCAGAGUUGUUAAUCCCCACGACAUACCCGACGAUGCCCUCGUCGGGUGCGGAGGCUAUGCGGGGUCCCCGACCGUCGCCAUCGAAAAGAAGUCUGCCGACGAAAUGCAAGAGGCCCAGGAAGAGAUGUACAAGCAUUUGGGCACGCCCGCCACGCAUAUGAUCUCCGUCGAGAUUGGCGGCGCAAACGGCCUGCAGAGCAUGAUGAUCGGCUCUAGCACGAACAUGAACGUCCCGGCAGUCGAUGGCGACUGGAUGGGCCGGGCAUACCCGACAAAGUGGCAGACGACGCCGGUGGUCUUCAACGAACGGAGUCCCAUCUGGACGCCAGUGACUAUGAGUGACGGGAACGGCAGCAUCGUCACGAUGUCCCGGGCGUCAUCUGAUAAGCAGGUUGAGCGGGUCAUGCGUGCGGCUCUGGCGGAGAUGGGCUCGCAGGUGGCUGUCGCUGACCCGCCAGUGACGGGAGCCGAGACCAAGAGGUGGGUGGUGGAACAUACCAUUUCUCAGUCGUGGCGAAUCGGCCGAGCUGUUGCCAUGGCGAGAAAGCUCAACUGUGUCGAUAAUGUUGCGGAGACCAUCGUUGAGGAAUGUGGCGGUCACGGCUCAGCCAAGGUUCUCUUCAAGGGCAAGAUCGUGGGCGUCGAAAGGGUGCUCAGGAAAGGUCACGUCUAUAGAGAGCUGGUUAUCGAAGGUGCCGAUAUGUCAGGCCUCGCCGAGCCAGGGCAAGAGCCAAAGAAGGAACAGUUCACAGGAUUCGUCAAGAUCCCAUUCAAGAAUGAGAACAUUGCUGCAAUCAAGGCUUCCUCUGCGAAAUCCGGGCCACAGGAAGCUGGGACAGAGAUGCAGGAAGAUGUCUUGGCCAUCGUGCCAGAUCUUAUCGCGGUUAUCGACGCGCAAAACGGCGAAGCCAUUGGAACCCCAGAGUACAGGUACGGACUUUUGGUCACUGUCUUGGGUAUCGCGGCUAGUGAUCGCUGGACUGGCUCUACAAGGGGCCUUGAGAUCGGGGGGCCUGAGGCUUUUGGAUUCUCUCACCUCGAGUAUCAUCCGCUGGGUAGCUUCGUGAAGCCUCAGAGUGUUAUUGAUGAGUUUAACGUUUGA